GAGGUGAUUGGUCCAGGUAGAAGAGCUGGGGGCUUUGAUUGGCUGAGAGAGUGGCUUGGCUGGUUUAGGCCGCUGCUGGAGCCCGGCACUGACAGACGGGAGGAUGGGGGAGAGGAGAGCGCCGUGUGCGCUGCUGGUUCUCAUUCUACUGAGCGGACUCUGCCGCCGGGCCACCGCCGAACUACCGGACUACACUGAUAACAAGAAUGAAGAAGACACAGAGGAAAUCCCGCACAUUUCUGAGCCCAGGGAAGAGGUGGAAUCGGAGUUCCCUACCGGAGGCGAUCCAAAGACUGAACCUGAGGACCAGCAUGAAGAGAACGCGGCAUCGUGGACGGAGAAUGUGGUCACCCUGGACAGUACAGAGACGCUAGACAAUUCUCAGUCCUCCGACCCCUUAUAUUCAGAUCUGGAACCCCCAUAUGAGCCAGUCGUCUUCCCAGAGAUCACACAGACCGUCACAUUUCUGGAAGAUACGGACAAUCAGGAGGGGGAUCCUGCAGCCCAGGAUCAGGAAGAGAGACAACUGAACGCAGAGCCUCAGAAACCAGUUACUACUGCCAUCGGAGGGACAGCAGACGGGGAGCCAUGCCACUUACCUUUCCUCUUCCUGGAGAAGGAAUAUGACGAGUGUACAUCGGAUGGGCGGGAGGACGGCAGGCUGUGGUGCGCCACUACCUACGAUUACAAGAGGGACCUAAAGUGGGGCUUCUGUGAAACGGAAGAACAGGCUAGCAAGAGGCGGCAGAUGCAGGAAGCCGAGGACCUGUACCAGCUGGGCAUGAAGAUCCUGAAUGGAAGUACAAAGAGAUCUCAAAAGAAGGAGGCCUUCCAGUACUUCAGCAAAGCGUCGGACAUGAAUCAUGUGAAAGCUAUGGAGAAAGUGGCUUAUGCUUUACUGUUCGGGGACCCCAUAAAGCAAGAUAUUCCUGCAGCUAAAGAUCUCUUGAUAAAACUGACCGAGCAGGGAUCCCCCAGGGGACAGACGGCUCUGGGAUAUCUGUACGCCUCCGGAUUAGGGGUGAACAGCAGUCAGGCGAAGGCUCUGGUCUAUUACACGUUUGGAGCAUUGGGAGGAAACCUGAUCUCACACAUGGUUCUGGGCUAUCGAUAUUGGGCCGGGAUCGGAGUACUACAGAGCUGCGAAUCGGCUCUCACACAUUACCGCCUGGUGGCAAAUCAUGUUGCCAGUGACAUCUCGUUGACGGGCGGCACCGUGGUACAGAGGAUCCGAUUGGCGGACGAAGUGGAGAACCCAGGCAUGGCCAGCGGGAUGCUGGAGGAAGACUUGAUCCAGUAUUACCAGUUUCUGGCAGAGAAGGGAGAUGUCCAGGCACAGGUGGGUCUGGGGCAGCUUCACCUACACGGGGGACGUGGAGUAGAGCAAAACCAUCAGAGGGCCUUUGAAUACUUCAAUCAAGCUGCCAACGCUGGGAAUUCUCAUGCCAUGGCUUUCCUGGGGAAGAUGUACUCAGAGGGCAGUGACACGGUGAUGCAGAGCAAUGAAACCGCUCUUCAGUACUUCAAGAAAGCAGCUGACAUGGGUAAUCCGGUAGGGCAGAGCGGUCUAGGCAUGGCAUACUUGUACGGCAGAGGUGUUCCUGUGAACUUUGACUUGGCACUGAAGUAUUUCCAGAAGGCGGCUGAGCAGGGCUGGGUGGACGGGCAGCUUCAGCUGGGCUCCAUGUACUACAACGGUGUCGGAGUGAAGAGAGAUUACAAACAGGCCCUGAAGUAUUUUAAUUUGGCAUCCCAGGGGGGUCACAUUCUGGCGUUUUACAAUCUGGCUCAAAUGCACGCCACCGGCACCGGGGUUCUACGAUCCUGCCAAACCGCUGUGGAGCUGUUCAAGAACGUGUGCGAGCGCGGCCGUUGGUCUGAGAGGUUGAUGACGGCGUAUAACAGCUACAAGAACGGAAACGCCAACACGGCUGUAGUGCAGUACUUGCUACUGGCUGAACAAGGCUACGAGGUGGCACAGAGCAACGCGGCCUUCAUCCUGGACCAGCAAGCCUCUCUGGUUGGUGAGAAUGAGACUUUCCCCAGAGCUCUGCUACAUUGGAACCGAGCCGCCGCUCAAGGGUACACGCUGGCCCGGCUAAAGCUGGGUGACUAUCAUUACUACGGCUACGGGACGGAGAUAGACUACGAGACGGCGUUCAUUCAUUACCGCCUGGCGUCGGAGCAGCAACACAGCGCCCAGGCCAUGUUCAACCUGGGAUACAUGCAUGAGAAGGGUCUGGGCAUCAAACAGGACAUUCAUUUGGCUAAGAGGUUCUAUGACAUGGCAGCCGAGGCCAGCCCGGACGCACAGGUCCCCGUCUUCCUUGCGCUCUGUAAACUUGGAGUAUUGUACGCCACGCAGUACCUGCAGGAACUGAAUGUGAAGGAAGUCAUGUCUCGUGUUGAUAUGGAUCAGUUGCUGGGGCCAGAAUGGGACCUCUAUCUCAUGACCAUCAUCGCAUUACUCCUGGGGACAGUCAUCGCUUACCGGCAAAGACAGCCGCAAGUGGUCCCGCGACCCCCAGCGCCCAGACCUGCCGCACAAGACCCCCCUCCUCCACAACAAGAUCAGCCCCAGCAACAGCCACAGGAAGGCCAGGCACCGCAAUGACAACGGCGUCAUGUGACGUAACCACGGACUGUCCCAAAGGCUUCCAGGAGUCGGCGUUCAAUCUGAACAUAUGCAACCACUUGGCCACACCGAGUGACAUCUGAAACGAAAGCGAGAUCAGUUUUUUUGCUCUCUUCUUUGUCAUUGUUUGUUUGCUGUACAAAGAGAAAAAAAAAUUAUCUAUUUUACACGGCAGGGCGCAGUCCGCAGCGAUUUCCAUUAUUUAUUACAGACUUGUGGAACUCUACAAAUACUUUUCAUUCAGAAUUUCAGUGCCGAGCCCGGGCUUGUGUCCAAGUCUGUGGGGGACGGACAUCACUCUGGUUUUUCUUUCCACGUGUCCAGUGAUGCAGUUCCUGCCAGUCUGCCACAUAACCGUCCCAUAGUCAGACCAAUGCGCCCGGGUGUUUCCUGUAGAUGGGGGUGGCACUCAUAGGACUCUGCAUCUCAUUUUCCCCAAUCAGUUUCCAGCUGGGCAGGAGUUCUGCGGACAUGUGGGCACCUUCACCAUAAAUUGAUCAGCAACUCUGGGUGGCGGCAUACUUCUUACUGAUUUUUAAAUGAACCCCGUUGAUGUUGAAAAGAUAACAUUUUUAGUUUCAGCAUUUUUUUUUUU